CGGCGGGGGCGGCUCGGCGCGGCCCCGCCCGCGGCGGGGGCCAUGUGAGCGCGGAGCCGGCAGGAUGCAGAAGGGGAUGCGGCUCAAUGACGGGCACGUCGCCCACCUGGGGCUGCUGGCGAAGAAGGACGGGGCCCGGCGCGGAUACCUGAGCAAGCGGAGCGCCGACAACACGAAAUGGCACACCAAGUGGUUCGCGCUGCUCCAGAACAUGCUCUUCUACUUCGAGACCGACUCCAGCUCCCGGCCCUCGGGGCUCUACCUGCUCGAGGGCUGCGUCUGCGACCGCGCGCCCUCCCCCAAGCCGCCCCUCUCGGCCAAGGACUCCCUGGAGAAGCAGCACUACUUCACGGUGAACUUCAACCAUGAGAACCAGAAGACGCUGGAGCUGCGCACGGAGGACGCCAAGGACUGCGACGAGUGGGUGGCAGCCAUAGCUCACGCCAGCUACAGGAACCUGGCGACGGAGCACGAGGCGCUGAUGCAGAAGUACCUCCACCUCCUGCAGAUCGUGGAGACCGAGAAGACUGUUGCCAAGCAACUCCGGCAGCAGAUCGAGGACGGGGAGAUCGAGAUCGAGCGCCUCAAGGCCGAGAUCGCGUCCCUGCUCAAGGACCACGAGCGCAUCCAGGCCAGCCAGGGCAGCGCGCCCAGCGACGACGACAGUGACAUCAAGAAGAUCAAGAAGGUGCAGAGCUUCCUGCGGGGCUGGCUGUGCCGCAGGAAGUGGAAGACCAUCAUCCAGGACUACAUCAGGUCCCCCCACGCCGACAGCAUGCGCAAGAGGAACCAGGUGGUGUUCAGCAUGCUGGAGGCCGAGGCCGAGUACGUGCAGCAGCUCCACAUCCUGGUCAACAACUUCCUGCGGCCCCUGCGCAUGGCCGCCAGCUCCAAGAAGCCGCCCAUCACCCACGACGAUGUCAGCAGCAUCUUCCUCAACAGUGAAACAAUCAUGUUUCUGCACCAAAUUUUCUACCAAGGCCUGAAGGCGCGGAUCUCCAGCUGGCCCACACUGGUGCUGGCCGACCUGUUUGACAUCCUGCUGCCCAUGCUGAACAUCUACCAGGAGUUUGUGCGGAACCACCAGUACAGCCUGCAGAUCCUGGCGCACUGCAAGCAGAACCGCGACUUCGACAAGCUGCUCAAGCACUACGAGGCCAAGCCCGACUGCGAGGAGAGGACCCUGGAGACCUUCCUCACCUACCCCAUGUUCCAGAUCCCCAGGUACAUCCUGACCCUGCACGAGCUGCUGGCCCACACGCCCCACGAGCACGUGGAGAGGAACAGCCUGGAUUAUGCCAAGUCCAAGCUGGAGGAGCUGUCCAGGAUAAUGCACGAUGAAGUGAGUGAGACUGAAAACAUUCGGAAAAACCUGGCAAUAGAGCGGAUGAUCAUCGAGGGCUGUGAGAUCCUGCUGGACACCAGCCAGACCUUCGUCAGACAAGGCUCCCUGAUCCAGGUGCCCAUGUCGGAGAAAGGGAAGAUCACGCGGGGCCGGCUGGGCUCGCUGUCGCUCCGCAAGGAGGGCGAGCGCCAGUGCUUCCUCUUCUCCAAGCACCUCAUCAUCUGCACCCGCGGCUCCGGGGGCAAGCUGCACCUCACCAAGAACGGGGUGAUCUCCCUCAUCGACUGCACGCUGGUGGAGGAGCCCGAGAGCACCGACGAGGACGCCAAAACAUCAGGACAAGACAUUGACCACCUUGACUUCAAAAUCGUGGUGGAGCCGAAGGAUUCCUCAUCUUUCACCGUUAUCCUGGUGGCCUCAUCCAGGCAGGAGAAGGCUGCAUGGACCAGUGACAUCAGCCAGUGCGUGGACAACAUCCGCUGCAACGGGCUGAUGAUGAACGCCUUCGAGGAGAACUCCAAGGUCACCGUGCCCCAGAUGAUCAAGUCUGAUGCCAGCUUGUAUUGUGAUGAUGUUGACAUUAGGUUCAGUAAAACGAUGAAUUCCUGCAAGGUCCUGCAGAUCCGCUAUGCCAGCGUGGAGCGGCUGCUGGAGAGGCUGACGGACCUGCGCUUCCUGAGCAUCGACUUCCUCAACACCUUCCUGCACUCCUACCGCGUCUUCACCACCGCCCUCGUCGUGCUCGACAAGCUCAUCACCAUCUACAAGAAGCCCAUCAGUGCCAUCCCUGCACGGUCGCUGGAGCUGCUGUUUGCAAACAGCCAGAACAACAAGCUGCUCUACGGGGAGCCCCCCAAGUCACCCCGGGCCAACCGCAAGUUCUCGUCGCCGCCGCCGCUGUCGCUGAGCAAGUCAUCGUCACCCAGCCGGCGCAGGAAGCUGUCCCUCAACAUCCCCAUCAUCACCGGCGGCAAGGCGCUCGACCUGGCCGCGCUCAGCUGCUCCUCCAACGGCUACGCCGGCGUCUACUCCUCCAUGGCCCCCUUCAGCAAGACCACGCUGGACAUCAACAAGCUCUACGUGUCCAGCGCCUAUCCCAACAAGAUCCCCGACGAGGGAGAAGCGGCCGCGGAGAAGCAGGAGGAGUCCCUGCAGGGCAAGCAGAGCUCAGAGGUGUCUGUCAGGGAAGAGUCGGACACAGAUCCCAACCACAGCGAUGAAGCAGAAGCUGAAGCUUCCCCAACGAAAUCUCCAACGACUCCCAAGUCCGUCAAGUGCAAAAAUUCAUCAGAUUUCUCGCUGUUUUCCUACAACAAUGGCAUGGUGAUGACGUCCUGCCGGGACCUGGACAGCACCCGCAGCGCCCUGUCUGCCACCUCCGCCUUCGCCAUCGCCACGGCGGGGGCCAACGAGGGCACCCCCACCAAGGAGAAGUACCGCAGGAUGUCCCUGGCCAGCGCAGUUUCAGGGUUCCCGACGGACCAGCGGAACGGGGACAAGGAGUUUGUGAUCCGCAGAGCCGCCACCAACCGCGUGCUGAACGUGCUGCGGCACUGGGUGUCCAAGCACUCCCAGGACUUUGAGACCAACGAGGAGCUGAAGUUCCGGGUGAUUGGCUUCCUGGAGGAGGUGAUCCACGACCCCGAGCUCCUGACGCAGGAGAGGAAGGCAGCUGCCAACAUCAUCAGGACCUUGACGCAGGAGGAUCCAGGAGACAACCAGAUAACCCUGGAGGAGGUGGUGCAGAUGGCUGAGGGUGUCAAAGCAGAGCCCUUUGAGAACCAUUCAGCCUUGGAGAUCGCAGAACAGCUGACGCUGCUGGACCACCUGGUCUUCAAGAAGAUCCCAUAUGAGGAAUUCUUUGGGCAAGGCUGGAUGAAGCUGGAGAAGAACGAGAGGACUCCAUACAUCAUGAAGAACACAAAGCACUUCAAUGAUGUCAGCAACCUGAUCGCCUCGGAGAUCAUCCGCAACGAGGACAUCGCGGCGCGCGCCAGCGCCAUCGAGAAGUGGGUGGCCGUGGCCGACAUCUGCCGCUGCCUGCACAACUACAACGCCGUGCUGGAGAUCACCUCCUCCCUCAACCGCAGUGCCAUCUUCCGCCUCAAGAAAACGUGGCUCAAGGUCUCCAAGCAGACCAAGGCUCUGAUUGAUAAGCUCCAGAAGCUGGUGUCGUCGGAGGGCAGGUUCAAGAACCUGAGGGAGGCACUGAAAAAUUGUGACCCCCCGUGUGUCCCCUACCUGGGCAUGUACCUGACGGACCUGGCCUUCAUCGAGGAGGGCACCCCCAACUACACCGAGGAUGGCCUGGUGAACUUCUCCAAAAUGAGGAUGAUCUCACACAUCAUAAGGGAGAUCCGCCAGUUCCAGCAAACCUCCUACAAGAUCGAGCACCAGCCCAAGGUGACGCAGUACCUGCUGGACCAGUCGGGAGUGAUGGACGAGGAGUCCCUGUACGAAGCUUCUCUGCGGAUAGAGCCCAAGCUGCCUUCGUGAGCGGCGCGGCCGCCGGACUCUCGCUGUACCCCUGUACAUAGCCCCGCUCCACGGGCGCCCUGGAGCGACCCCCGUCCGUGCUUCCCCCGCCCCGGCCCGGCCCGGUCCGGCCCCGGCCCGCCGCGCUCGUGUAGGAUUCCCCGCCCCGCCACGGUUUAACGCGCCGACACUUCGCUGGAGUCCCGGGCUCUUUUCCAUGAUGUUACUUUUGUCAUUUGUUCCUCUUGGGGGGCUGGUGGUCGGGCAGGCGAGUUCCCGUGGGGCAGGUGAGUCCCUGUGGGGCAGGUGAGUCCCUGUGGGGCAG